UUUCAACAACUCAAAACAAAACAAAACAAAUCAAAAUGCUCAACCCGGUUCCUCCCCCAUUUCCCCGUUUCCUCAAAGCGCAAUGCCCCCGUCUCUUUCUCCUUGUCAUUUCAUCAAACGCCUAGCUUACAAAUCCCCCGUCACUCCCCCUCAACCUCUCACCCUGAACUAAACUCCCAACACCCAAACCAAAAAUGUCCUCCCCCUUCUCUAGCCUCCCUCGCCUUCUCCUGGCGGAGGGCCACGCCCCCUCCCCGUUCCCUUCACCGCCCACCGCCUCCUUCCGCCCAAGCAUCGCCGUCAUCAUCGGAGUCCUAACCACAAUGUUCUCCCUCACUUUCCUCCUCCUCCUCUACGCUAAGCACUGCAAGCGCGACGUCGACACCACCUACGGCAGAGGUAACGCCGCCCAAUCAUUCACCGCGGAGCACCGCAACUCGGGUGUCAACCGCUCGAUAGUCAACUCCCUCCCCGUAUUUCGAUUCGGAUCCUUAACGGGUCACAAAGAGGGUUUAGAGUGCGCCGUUUGCUUGAACCGCUUCGAACCGGCCGAGGUGCUCCGCCUCCUUCCCAAAUGCAAGCACGGGUUCCACGUCGAGUGCAUCGACACGUGGCUGGAAGCGCAUGCCACGUGCCCCCUCUGCCGGGUCAGGGUCCAGCCCGAAGACGUUCUCCUCGUCUUCGACCCGAAGCCGGAUCCCGAUCCGGCGGCGGAAAGCAAAAAGGGUUGA